AUGACCGCCUGGAAAGUUCCAGAGGGCAUAGAUUUAGCCGACCCAUCGUUUGCCGUACCAAGUAAGAUCGAUAUUUUGUUUGGUACUGAAGUAUUUUUCGAAGCUCUAAAAACUGGUCAAAUUAAACCGUUAGAAAAUAGUCCAUUGUUUAAAGAAACCGUAUUCGGGUGGAUUGUCGCGGGUUCAGUUCCCGUGAGGAACUCAACACCAUUGCACUCUUUUCAUGCUCGAGUUCGAUCAGAAGAAGAGAGUUUAAAAUUACAAAUUGAAAAAUGUUGGAGCUUAGAAGAGAUAAUAAGUUCCCCAAUCACCCCUGAAGAAAAUGAUUGCGUCAAGCAUUUUAAUAAGACGGUAAUUAGAGAUGAGGAAGGUCGAUUUGUGUUGAAAUCAGAUUACUCAAAUUUUAUGUAUGAAUAUUUGCGACUGGGUCAUAUGGAAAGAGUAACAAAUAAUGUAAGUCCAAAUAUAAAACCAUAUUAUAUACCCCACCAUGCGGUAGUACGUGAAUGCAGUGCGACUACAAAGUUACGCGUAGUUUUUAAUGCGAGUUGCGCUACUACUACGGGCUUAAGUUUGAACGAUGUGCUGUUCAAAGGUCCAGUAAUACAAGAUGAUUUGUUUUCUAUUCUUACACGUUUUCGAACUCAUCAGUAUGUACUGUCAGCGGACUGCGAAAAGAUGUACCGCCAAAUUUGGGUUAGCAAGGAUCACCAAGAUUUACAAUGGAUUCUGUGGAGAUCACAACCAGAUCAGCCAAUUGAAGAAUUUCGUCUAAAAACUGUUACCUAUGGCACAUCACCA